AUGCGUGAGAUCAUCUCCCUCCACAUCGGCCAAGCCGGCGUGCAAGUCGCCAACUCCUGCUGGGAGCUGUACUGCCUGGAGCACGGCAUCUCGCCGACGGGCGAGCUGACUGAGGAGAAGAAGGCCAACCCGGGCAACGACUCCUUCUCCACCUUUUUCUCGGAGACCUCUAGCGGCAAGCACAUCCCGCGCGCCAUCUUCCUGGACCUGGAGCCCACCGUCGUCGACGAGGUCCGCUCGGGCACGUACCGCCAGCUCUACCAUCCUGAGCAGCUCAUCACCGGCAAGGAGGACGCCGCGAACAACUACGCCCGCGGCCACUACACCGUCGGCAAAGAGAUCGUCGACACCGCCCUGGACCGCAUCCGCAAGCUCGCCGACAACUGUACCGGCCUUCAGGGCUUCCUGGUCUUCUCGUCCGUCGGUGGCGGUACCGGAUCCGGCCUCGGAUCUCUCCUUUUGGAGCGCCUCUCCGUCGACUAUGGCAAGAAGUGCAAGCUCGGCUUCACCGUCUACCCGUCGCCUCAGGUCUCCACCUCCGUCGUGGAGCCUUACAACUCCGUCCUUGCUACUCAUUCGCUUCUCGAGCAUCUGGACGUCGGUGUCGUGCUUGACAAUGAGGCCAUCUAUGAUAUCUGCCGUCGCUCGUUGGGCAUCAUGCGCCCCACCUAUUCCAACCUCAACAGGCUUAUCGCACAGGUUGUGUCCUCUCUGACGGCCUCCCUCAGGUUCGAUGGUACUCUCAAUGUUGAUAUCAAUGAGUUCCAAACCAACCUGGUUCCGUAUCCCCGCAUUCAUUUCAUGCUCUCCGCAUACGCUCCGAUCGUCUCCUCCGAGAAGGCCUACCACGAGGAAUCGAGUGUUGCCGAGAUCACCAACUCUGUCUUCGAGCCGAAUGCCUCGUUCGCCAAGUGCGAUCCCCGCUCCGGUCGCUACAUCGCUGUCUCUCUCAACUACCGUGGUCUCGACAUCUUCCCGAAGGACGUCAACGUCGCUGUCGGUACCGUCAAGACGAAGAAAUCGGUCCAGUUUGUCGAGUGGUCCCCGACGGGUGUGAAGAUCGGUAUCAACUCGCAGCAGCCCACUAAGAUCCCCAACGAUGAGCUCGCCAAGGCCCAGAGGUCCGUCUGCUCCAUGGCCAACUCUACUGCUAUCGCUGAGGUGUUUGCUCGCAUUGACGCUAAGUUCGAUCUCAUGUACGCCAAGCGCGCCUUCGUGCAUUGGUACGUCGGAGAGGGUAUGGAGGAGGGUGAGUUCUCAGAGGCCCGUGAGAACCUUGCCAUGCUCGAACACGACUAUGCCGAGGUUUCCGGUGAAGCGGAUGAGGACGAGGACGAAUACUAAUUCGGAAGGAUUCCUUGAUAGUACCUUGACGAGUUACGCAUGAGCACAUACAAUCAUUACAUCUCAGUAGCCAGGAAUAAAACUGCUUUUUAUUGAG